GCGAUUGUCGGCAUUGUGGUGGGCUGCUUUGUGGCGCUGUCAGUGGGCACAGGGGCCCUUCUCAUCUACAAAGCGCGCCAAAUUAAGAACGCGCAGGAGGGGCGCGGCGCGUCUGGCGCGAGCAAGCGGCCCUCCGGCCCCGGCGACGUCGAGCGCGGCCCGCGCAUGACCAACAGCGGCGGCGGCGCCGCGGGCGGCUACGGCGGGCUUGGCGGAAGCUCUAGGGGCACGGGGCUUCCGGUGGUCUGA